GGUAUGUGACAUGGCCGAGUUGUUACGAUUGUCUUAUAGUAUAGGAGGUCAAAAUAUGGAACGGGCCGUAUAAGAUAUUUACAACGUACGUUUUAUUCGCCGCGUUGUACACUGUAAUAGCUAAUUGGCAUUUCAUCAGAAUAAAAAAAACCCACAGGACUACUGUAUUUAAGCAACGGCAGCUUAGGUCCAAACGCACUCUGUUUAUGGGAUAUUCUAUCGGUACGUGUGUAACGUUACUUAAAUUGUGUGAAGAGAGAAGGAAACCAUUAUCGUGAGAUGUUUGAUUUUUGGACGAUUUUCCUGGCGGUUGUUGUUGGGAUUUUGUAUAUCUGGUGGAAGAAUACAACGAGGGAUGCAGUCCUACCCCCGGGGCCCCCUACGGUCCCUUUCCUAGGGAAUCUCCUCAGUGUGAAUCCGGAGACAGUGUUGGAUACAUUCCAGGAAUAUCGACGGAAAUAUGGAGAAGUAUUUAGUCUGAUCACGGGCUCCAAGACCCUUGUUGUGAUCAGUGGAUAUGAUACCCUGAGAGAGAUAUUCAUAAAACAUGGAGACGUGACGUCAGAAAGGCCCGAUAUUUUUAUUACUAGGGAAGUUGGAAAAUUUAAAGGUGUAGCCACCUCCUCAGGUGCGCUGUGGAAAGAACACAGAACCUUUUCUUUGAACACACUAAGGGAAUUUGGAUUUGGAAAACGUAGCUUGGAGACUAGAAUUAUCGAGGAAAUAGAAGUUUUUGUUCAAGAAAUUCAAUCGAAAAAGGGAGAACCAUUUAACAUACACUCCUUGAUUAAUGUCUGUAUCUCCAACAUCAUGUGUUCCAUCACCUUCGGUAAACGAUAUGACCACGACGAUAAAAAAUUCCUUUCUCUUCUGAAUUCAAUCAACCAAAAUCUUAGCAACGAGAACGUCAUGUUUGUGGCCACUGUCUUACCCUUUAUAAGGUAUAUUCCUGGAGAUCCAUUUCGAAUUAAAAAGGUGUUGAGAAAUGUUGAUAAGGUGGAAAAUCAUCUUCGGCAACUCGUGGACGAACAUGAACAGAUUUAUGAUGAGAAUAACUUGCGAGACUACGUUGACGUUUUCCUGAAAAAGAUGAAAUCGGAACGGAACAAUCCAAAUACAACAUUUGAUGAAGAUCAGCUGUUGAAGAUCGUGGGUGAACUCUUUGUUGCUGGAACUGAAACAACCUCAACUGCCAUUCGAUGGUUCUGCUUGUUCAUGAUCAGACAUCCGGAAGUACAAGAAAAGAUGCGCAAUGAAAUCAAUGACGUCAUUGGUACUUCCCGUUUCCCUAGUUUGGAAGAUAAGCAAAAUCUUCCCUAUUGCGAGGCAGUCAUUCACGAAACACUCCGCAUUGGAACCAUUGCGCCUUUAUCUGUUCCACAUGGGUUAGCAAGUGAUCUGAAGUUCAACGGGUUUACCAUUCCUAAAGAUGCACUUCUUAUUCCAAAUUUGUAUUCUGUUUUCUUUGACGAAAAGAUCUUUCCAGACCCAUAUGAUUUUAAACCCGAGAGAUUUUUGGAUGAAAAGGGCAACCUUAAAAACACUGAUAAAGUAUUGGCAUUUUCGCUUGGUCGCCGAGUUUGUCUCGGAGAAGCUUUAGCAAGAAUGGAACUCUUUCUGUUUGUGACGUCAUUAAUUCAGAGAUUCACCUUAGAGGCCGGUGACAUAAAGAAUAUUCCGUCAGAGAAAGGCACUAUGGGUAUUACGUAUGCUCCAAAAGACUUUGUUUUGAAAGCAGUUCCGACAUAGACUAAUUCAAUUUUGGCUGUGGAAUGUAAAAUCAUGAUAUUCGUACACUAUUUAAUUCAUGGUAUUGCAUGUAUUCAUUAAUAAGACAUAUAGGGAUAUACGUGUAUUUCGUUGAAACGAUGGACCAGGUUAAAGGGGACACGUUCCUUCACUUUACUAUUACAUGUAUUUUAUACAGAAAAGUGAAUAUGAAAUCUAAGAUAGUCGGCAGUCCCCAGGUCCUUCGCAUUUCAGUCACAAAAUAACGAGACUUCAUGUUUGUCAUUCGGAUUCCAUACCUACCUCAAAAACAACGAGCGAAUACGAAUGGAAUAUUUGUGGCUUAUGACAGUCUCAAAGAUCAGAAUUCAGUUUUUGUCAAUUAGUUUAGAUUACUUUCAUUGUUUUCCAUGACACAUGUAAAAUAAAGAAAUUAAAAAAAGAAGGACAAUGA